AUGGCCUGGAGUGCGUUGAAAGCGAUCUGGGGUCUAAAUCCAUUGAGCAAAGAAUAUUUUGUUGACCAACCUCGUACAAUUGCCGAAGCAACAAAACAUGAUUUCAGUCCUAUUGACGGUCAAUGCGAAGUCACCGGCGUUUUGGACGAUGCUACCAAACAAGAAAUGAGUCGAUCACGCUGUGGUAAUAAGGACCCACCGCUCAGUUUCUCAACAAAUACUGCUGGAUCAUUAGGACUAAAAUGGUCACGUUCAACAUUGACUUGGUCUCUGAGAAACUAUUCACCACGUAUUGGUGCAGCAGAGUCACGAAGUAUCAUUCAGCAAGCAUUCGAUGCUUGGUCUCAACAUAUCCCAUUGGAUGUCAAGCAAGUCUGUUCGACAUGUCCAGCGAAUAUUGUCAUUGAUUUUGGUUAUAGAGAUCACGGUGACGGUUACCAUUUCGAUGGACAGGGUGGAACAUUGGCACAUGCCUAUUAUCCUGAAGAUGGUCGAAUACAUUUCGACAUGGAUGAGCCAUGGACAAAUAGGUAA